AUGUCGCCAUGUGGGGCGCAUUUGAACCACGGCGGCUGCAAGGAAAGUCCACGCCGCCUUGGCUUGCGUGUGCCGGACCCUUCCUCCCCGUGGAACGCGCCGAUGGCCGCAGACCCAGAUGGCCAUUCCGUGGCCCUGGGCAUCCAAAGCUUUGCCUCGCAGAGAGGAAGACAAAAGAGAAGGGAAAGCUUUGCUGCCAAAACCUUGGAGCCGAGCUUGCGUGCCCAAGCUGGCGUGGACCGGAGAGUUGCCCUCAAGGACUUGCGCAACCGCACGCGAAGCCGAAUGAAGUUGAAGAGGCGCUGGGGCACGCCGCUACUUCUGCGAGAGCUGCACGACGCCUGCAGGACACAGCCCGACAUCUUCUCGCAGCUUCGCGUUAAGGGCGCAGCGCAACGCAGGCAAAGACGUGCCGACGCGGCAGAGGGGGGUCGGUUGGCGGAAGGCAGCGGAGAAAGCUGCACGUGCACCGUUUUCGCCCAGUGCCGGGGUCAGCUGAUCCUGAAGCCCGAGAAGCCGGAUGCCUCCAAGGUGCGGGAGCUGCUGCGACCCAGCGCCUUGGGCCAGGUGCUUGGGACCCCAACCUUCUACGACUUCCUCACACUGCAGAAAGCGGUGGCCAGCUCCUCUAAAGAGCUGGUUGAGCUACUGCGUGACGGGCCGUAUGUGGAGGUGGAUGGCAAGUGGCGUUUGCUGCCGGAAAAGCUGCAACGGCAGAUCUUGGACACAGCUCUCACCAUCGUCACCGCGCAGGGAUGGGAUUUGAAGGAUGUGGACGGCGAUGCUUUGCUGCAAGAGGUACGGCAGGCACUGGACAAUGGGGAGGAUUCGCUGCCAAGCCUGGCGGUGUUGCGGAAAGUGCUGGUCACGGUGGAAGGACGAGCCUGA